CGGAGGUCAGACGCAGUUGUCCAAUGUUACUUCCACAUUUCCCGUAACCGAAACACUUGGAAGAUUCUGUUAGCGCACGCAGAUCUUGGUUUGGAAACAUGUCCUCUCAUGAUCAAGGGGAAACGUCUUCCAAUCCUUCCUAUCUUGUCGGGAAGAGAGAUGACAUCAUUCAAGCCAAGCGAGUGACAAAAUUUGUGAACGGAAGGGAUGUUCUCGUGCUUUACCACCAGGGGGAGUUCCAUGCACUGGAUAUGCGCUGUUACCACUCUGGAGGUCCACUAGUGAAGGGAGAUAUUGAGGAGUUUAACGGACAAAUGUGUAUUGUGUGCCCAUGGCAUAAAUAUAAGAUCACCUUGGCCGAGGGGGAGGGACUUUAUCAGGCAGUCGACCCAAACAUGAAGCCGCCAAAACCAGUUUGGUGUUCCAAAGGGAUCAAACAGAGAAUUCACACCGUGAGCGUUUCUAACGGCGACGUGUUUGUCACCUUAAAUGACUCACCUGGAGCCAUUGACUCUGACUAUUACCAAACUCAGAAGUACAGGGACAAGCUAGCAAAAGGAGAGAUAAAGGAGGAGAAAUGACAUUGCAGACAAUAAUAUAAUGUUUGGGAUGUGAACAUGCAGAAAUUGAGUUUCUGAGCCAGCUGAGCAAAGUAGUGCCUUACCUUCCCUUUGGCAUUUGUUGUCCUGGGUACAGGGGCUUUGUCAAUAUCGUUUGUGGAAUAUAAUUGGUAUGGUUGUGUUCAAGCUAUUUUUAUAGACUCACAAAAAUUUCAGUCAGUUGUGUGUCACUGAACAAUCUUCCUUCAUAAACUUCUCUCACAUUUGACUCAUAGACUGAACAUG